CCAUGCCAAACUCAACAGUCUCAUUCUAACCGAAUCCGAGCUACUACUACAUUCAACUUCCUCCUCCUUUAAACAAGCAACUCAAACAUUCUCGCAAUUUUUUUUGCAAAAACACAAACAUUUUCGAACAAUAAUAUUCCAUUUUUUUUAACGACACUUUUUGAAAAAAUCUAAACAGCAACAAAAUGGUUCUCAUCAAAGUUAACAGUUCCAAGGUCACUUAUGGAGAAGACAUCAUCCGGUCGGAGUACUCCUAUGAGUCCUCCCAAGUCCAGGAAGGGCCGGACGGCUCGUUUACCGUGACCCCUUACAAUGUGGAAAUGAAGGUCAAAACUGGAGCCAAAGUUCCCAAAACUGGGCUCAUGUUUGUCGGCUGGGGUGGCAAUAAUGGGACCACUUUCACCGGAAUGUGUCUCGCCAAUAAGAACAAGUUAUCCUGGGAGUCGAAGCGUGGCCACCAUACGGCCGACUUCCUCGGCUCGGUCUCGCAAAUCGGGACCUUUCCCCUCGGUCUUAAUGCCGCUGGGGAGGAAGUCUUCGUCCCCGUGAGGCACUUGCUCCCCCUUUUGGACCCCACCUCCAUGGAAAUCGACGGCUGGGACAUUUCCUCCAUGAACUUGGCGGACGGUAUGAAACGCGCCGGCGUGUUCGAGUGGUCCCUUCAAGAACAACUUCGCCCCAUGAUGGCCUCCCUCGUUCCGCGAAAGGCCGUCUUUUUCCAAGACUUUGUCGCCGCCAAUCAAGCCGAUCGCGUCGACAAUGUCAUUCCGGGGACAAAAUGGGAACAAUUGGAACAACUUCGUCGUGACAUUCGCGACUUUAAGGCGAAGAAAAGCCUGGAAAAGGUCAUCAUCAUGUGGGUCGGGAACACGGAACGGUUCGCCGAACUCGCCAAGGGACUUAAUGACACGUGGGCCAAUUUGGAAAUGGCAAUUAAAGCGGGAGCACAUGAAAUCUCGCCGUCCACGUUGUACGCAGUAGCGGGCAUUUUGGAAAAUUGCGCCUUCAUCAACGGUUCCCCGCAGAACGCCCUGGUCCCCGGCGUGCUGGAACUCGCCGCGGAGAAAAAGGUCUUCAUUGCUGGCGACGACUUAAAAACGGGUCAAACCAAGUUGAAAUCCGUUCUGAUGGAUUUCCUCGUGGGCGCCGGGCUCAAACCGGAGUCCGUCGUGUCGUACAACCAUUUGGGAAAUAACGAUGGAAAGAACCUCUCCGCCCCACAGACAUUCCGCUCAAAGGAGAUUUCCAAGCGGGGCGUUAUCGAUGACAUGGUCCUCUCCAACAAAGAGUUAUUCCAAUCCGGUCUCGGCGGACCGAAACCCGACCACCUCGUCGUCAUCAAGUACGUUCCCUACGUCGGUGACAGCAAACGAGCCAUGGACGAGUACACCUCCGCCAUCGCGAUGGGUGGUCUCAACACCCUCGUGAUCCACAACACGUGUGAGGAUUCCCUCCUCGCCGCCCCCAUCAUGCUCGACUUGGUCGUUUUCAUGGAACUCUUUCAACGCAUGCAAAUCUCUGUGCGAGAUUCAGCCGGAAUUUCCCACCACGUCGAAAUGGAGAUGGGUCAGCUUUUAGGCUACUGGCUCAAAGCGCCUCUCAGCACGAUGACCAACUCGCUCUUCCGGCAACGCGCCGGUCUCGAGAACCUGAUGCGCGCCGCGCUUUCGCUUCCCCCCUCGAACAACUUGUUCCUCGUGAAGGGCGCGCUGCAAAAGGAGGUCAUGAAAAACCAGACCUCCGUCGUUACCAACAAGUCUGAAAUCAUUUCCACAAACAACGCUCUCAAUAAGAAGAUUGCUGGCCACGUGUUCGCCACGAAUAACGGCGUCCCAGCCAAGAAGGAACUUUAUGCGGCGUAGAAAUUUAGAAAAAAAAUGUAGAAAUAUAUAUUUCAAAAUUUCGGGAACUUUUAAAAAAAAUCAGAAAUAUUUAGUUAAAGAAAAGUCAUAAAUUUCUAUAUUCCCAUGAAUUAUGUAUCCAUAUAGUUCCUGUUUAGAUUUUUUUGAAAUUUAGAAUGGAAAUAUAUAUUUCGAAAUUCGAAGGAAUUUUAAAAAUAAGUAUUUAGAGUCGUAGAUUUCUAGGGGGUAACAUUCCCAUUAUGAAUUAUGUCGACUUCCUGUUUAGAUACAGCUAAUUUUUUAAAAAUGUUUAGGGUAUAUUUCAAAAUUCGGGGAACUUUCAAAAAUAAGCAAUAUAUAGAGUCAUAAAUUUCUAGGGAUUAAUAUUCACUUGAAUAAUUUUUACUUCCUGUUUAUUUGACGCAGCUAAUUUUUUCAAAAUCAAAAAGGCCAUUGUUAACGUAUGAAAUAUUUAGAUUGCCGUAUAAAAUUAUGCACCAUUUUUUUUCUUUGUUUAUACAUAUUUACACAACUGUUGAAAUAAAGUGUUUUUUUAUUAUGAAAUUUUUAAGUGAGAAUUUUACUCUAAAUUUUAUGCAGCCACAGAACUGAAAAACGUAAUGCAACUCUCUGUACCUAAAAAAAUAGACUCGAACACAAUUUGUCAACCUCUUGUAAUAAUAUUUAAUGUGCGAAUAAACUUGCAAAUAAAUAAAAGUAUGAUGUUUUUAAAAAUUAAAA